AGAAACCCACGUCGUCGUCCGUGAGAGAUGCAGCGCGGCUGAGGCAGGGGGACCCCACCGAAACUGGAAAGGGCGUGAAGAGGGGCAAAUCGUGCUGGGAAUAGUGCUGGACAAGUGACUCACCUGUUAGCCGCUUCCACGAGCCUGUUUGGCGCUAAUGACGACGGUGAUGAGGGUGCUGGCAGUUUGACAGCCUUCUGCAGCCGACGUGUGUAGAAUACCCCAAGGCCCUGUGAGCCGUCAAGAUGUCCCGAUUCUUCCCAAAGUUGUAGUUUGGCAGUCCUCCACCAGGGGGCCUCACUGGGGAGGGAAGAAGGGUUGAUCAGAAACCUAAAACCCAAACUUUGAACUACAGCCAAGGAACCAUGUAGAACCGCUUUCUUCUCAAAAGGGGUGUGGGUUAACUUUUUAGCUAUUUUUAAACAUUGUUUUUAAUUUUUUUUAUUGUUGAGUUUGAGUUGAGUUUUGGACCAGACUGCAAGGCGGAGAUGGUCCUGCACACCUCCCCUUACCCGAGUGCCUUCCUCAGCUUCCUCAGCAGCCUGUCCUGGGCCUUGGUGUUCCCCUGCUAUUGGAUGCUGGACCGGCUCUUGGCCUCUUGUGUUGCCACCUCGCUGGAAAAGCGAAGGCGUUCGCAGGACCCUUGCUCUUUCCUGGCUCUGGGGGUACUCAUCUCUACACCACUGUACCUGGUCCUGCUGCUGGCCUCUUUACCCUUCGCCCUGCUAGGCUUCCUACUUUGGGCACCCCUACAGGCCUCCCGGCACCCGUACAUCUAUUCGUACCGAAAACCUGAUGCUCAUCGGGCUGAGCAGGGGCCAUCUGCUGCAGGGUCUGGCGAAUGGCGCCCUCAAGGCCGCAGCUUCUGCUUUGGCAGCGCCAAUGUGUGCCUGCUGCCCGACUCUCUGGCACGGUUCAACAACCUGGCGGACACGCAGCGCAGGGCACGGGAAGUGGGCAAACGAAUCCGCAACGGAGCCAGUCGGCCGCAGAUCAAGAUCUACAUUGAUUCACCUACCAACACCUCCAUCAGUGCCGCGUCCUUCUGCAGCCUGGCCACGCAGGGCUUCCGACGAACAUCCUCACUGGACCAGCGUCCGGAACCAACGACUGGAAGUGAGGGAGACAGUGAGCCUACAUCUGAGUGUCCUGUGCAUCCUUCCGGAGGAUCAAGCUCAGACUGCCCCAUCCAUAAUGGCCAGAAUACUUCAGAGUGUCCUGUGCAUCCUUCUGGGGGAACAAACGCAGACUGCCCCGUCCAUAACAGCCAGAAUAUUGCCGAAUGUCCACUGCACUUCAGCCAUGAGGAACCAUCACCGGACUGCCCGGUCCACCAGCCUGGAGACCCUCAAGCAUCUGAGGAAUGUCCAGUCCAUUCCACCACAGCAGGUUCAGGCUCUGAUGACUGUCCUUUGCACCCUUCUGGGGUCCAGAUUAGCAUCACUUCCCCUGAACCUGAGACAGCGGAGACCAAAAACCAUCGCCCCAGUGAAGGAGACACCGGCAGCCUUCACAGUCGCACUGCCUCCAGAGAGUCCUUGACCCGUUUCCAUGGUGCAACAGAUGGUGGCGGCAUCACGUCCAACAACACGCUCUCGCAGCACCGGGCUUCUUUCUUCAAGAGGCCUACGGGCCGCAAGCGCCGCCACGGUGAUGACGGUUUUGACCAUGAAAUCUCUGCCUUCUUCCCUGCCAACCUAGAUUUCCUGUGCCUGCAGGAAGUGUUUGAUCGGCGAGCAUCGGAGCGGCUGUGCCGGCAGCUGCACCGCUACUUCCCUUAUGUGCUCAGUGACGUGGGCCGCUAUGGCUGGAAGGGCUGCUGCUCACGGUUCAAGUUCCUCAACAGCGGCCUUCUCCUGGCCAGCCGCUACCCCAUCCUAGAUGCACACUAUGAAUGCUAUCCCAACGGCUGUGGAGAGGAUGCCCUCGCAGCCAAAGGAGCUCUCUACGCCAAGGUACAGGUGGGCACCUCCCAUCAAGAGCAGAGGGUUGUGGGAUACAUCACCUGUACUCACCUGCACGCUAUAGAGGGUGAUGCAUCGGUGCGCUGUGAGCAGCUGGACCUGCUGUUGGAGUGGGGUGCUGAGUUCAGGAGGGCUACGUCCGUCCCCGCAGGUGAAGAGAAAGCUCUGGAGGAUCAGGUGGCCUUUGACGUCAUCCUUGGAGACCUCAACUUCGAUAACUGCUCAUCUGAGGAUAAGUUGGAGCAGCAGCAUGCUAUUUUUACGCAGUACAGAGAUCCGUGUCGUCUGGGGCCUGGAGAGGACAAGCCGUGGGCUUUGGGUACCUUGUUGGACACAAGUGGUCUAUAUGAUGAGGAGGUCAGCUCGCCCGAGAGUCUUCAGAAGGUAAUGGAGAAUGAAGAAGGCAGGAAGGAAUACUUGGUAUUUCCAGCCAGCAAGAACCAGUGUCCCAAUCAGAAGGGGCGCAAGAUCCCGCUGAAAGGGAACGGCCGCAGGAUCGACUACAUCCUCUACAAAGAGGAGGGCCUGCAGCCCGACUGGAAAGUGGACAUUGAGGAAUUCAGUUUCAUCACCCAGCUGGCCGGCUUGACCGACCACCUCUCUGUGGCUGCGAGGUUGGCCGUUUCUACAGGAGAAGAGGAGUCUUAGGACCCGGCUGAUCUUUUACACAACGCCACGGACAGAGGGAAAAAGAGGGAGAGAGAGAGAGAGAGAGAGAGAGGCAGGGAGAGAGAGAGAGAGAGAGAUGGAAAAAGAGAAGGAGAGAAAGACGUAGGGACUUCCAGCUUGUCAAGACGAGGAAGUAUUUUUUAAACUAUUUGCCUGGUGAACUGAAAUGAUCUUUUGAAGCCUAGAGAGCAAGAGAGCUACAACUGCGUGACGUUUACUGAAGCAUGUUUCAUAAGACGCAGCAGGGGGGGCACACGCCAACACACCCCCACACAAGCGCAGACCCACUCCCACACACGCAGCUCCUCCUGCGAAACGUGCCCUUUUUUCGAAGUCAGAGACAAAAACCACGACCUCUCACUCUCUCGCUUCCUCUUUCGCGGGGCUCUCCACAUCCCUAGAACGAGAGUUUACGUCCUUGCUGUUAUCUAUCACUCGCCUCUGCUCUUCUGACGCUUCUCUGCGGCCCUGCGGAGGGAGGCGGAGCCAUCUUUCUGGUGCCAUGACCUGGGAAAAAAAAACAAAAAAGUCUUUCAGGGAAAAAGAAGACUGCAUGAGAGAAAGCCUGGAUUCACAGUAUUGCACGAGCUGCCACUUUAUAAUAAACACACAAACACACGAUGCUGACGUGAGUCCACUUGUAGAAGAAAGGACUUUUCCCACCCUUUAACCCUUUUAGCCCUCCUCAAGAACCUCAGCGAGAAGUGUCUUUCUUUUCUAACCUCUUUCUAGACCUUUCUAUGGGCGAGCGUGCAGUCUUUGUAGGGCGUUUGUAUAUUGAACAUUGACUUCUCAUCCUGUUGGGCGCGGAUAGUGUGGGCUGAGUUUAGCUGACUAGAGUUUAUAAUAGAGAAAUCAUAGUCAAUCUUUUGACAUGCAGUAGUGCUCCUGUGUGUGUGCACAGUAGGAAAACCAGUUUUACAGUAGGUGCAGUUCUCUGGAGCCCCCCGUUGUCUGAACUGUUUCUCGAUUGACGUGCAUGCCCCCCCCCCAACCAAACUGCACAGCAAUGGAACUACAGGCCUGCAUUUAUCAGUCUGAAAUCCUGAAAGGGACUCGGAAUCACAGGUUCUCUCUCUGUCUCGCAACACAUGCACGCAGACACACACGCGCAGUAUUGCUAUGGCUCGAUCACGGGGGUGUUUGACGCUGUAAAGCAAAAAAAAAAA